UUUUUUUUUUUUUUUUUUUUUUUUGGUGGCUUGGUUGUGUUGUUUGGGGUUUUUUUCCUCCUCUCGUUUUCGCUGUUGUUGUUGUCGCGUUCUUCUGGUGGCUCGCCGGCUCAGAGGAGUUCAGGCUCUCACCUGAACUUUGGCUGCCUGGUAUAUGCUGUUGGGAUAUCCUUAAGAGAUCAUCCAGGAAUGGUGGAUCACUUGCUGCCUACUGAUGAAUCCUUUUCAUCCACAAGAUCUUCUCUUGGAUACUUUGGGGACAUGACAGCAGGCGUGAGGUCCUACCAAAUGCUGCCCUCUCCCCUGUCAGAAGAUGACAGUGACUCGUCCAGCUUUUGUUCUUGUUCCAGCCCUGACUCCCAGGUCCUCAGCUCCAGCUAUGGAAGCACAUCCAGUGCAGAAAGUCAGGACAGUAUCUUAGACUAUUUAUUGUCCCAGGCAUCUUUGGGGAGCACCACUGCAUCAUGGUGGGACAAAAGGAGACUUCAGCCAAUAGUGAAAGAGGAGUACUUUAGGUUGCCUGAAUUUCCUGUGGAUAUGGAAGACUCAGGACCAUUUCAGCCCACGCUUGAGGAAAUUGAGGAGUUUUUGGAGGAGAACAUGGACUUGGAGCUCAAAGAAAGACCUAAAAGCGAGACCAAGGACUUGAGAGCUUGCAGCCAGGUUUCUGUUGCUUCGCUGCAGCAAAAAGACCAUAUGCUACCCAGUGCUAGUUUAAAAGAGAGCAAAAGUGAACAGUUGACCAGCUCAACAGAAGGUGGCCAAGCUCCAAAUGGAGGGAUGACCCUGGAGAAUGGAAUACCGGUUAUGCUCCAAAUUCAGCCUGUACAGAUCAAACAGGAGUCCAACACGAGCCCCAGUUCCCAAGGACCAGCACAGGAGAACAUUAAAAUUGCACAGCUCCUAGUCAACAUCCAAGGACAGACAUUUGCCCUUGUGCCUCAGAUAGUUCAGUCGUCCAAUUUGAACUUGUCCUCUAAGUUUGUCCGCAUUGCUCCCGUCCCCAUUGCUGCCAAGCCCAUUGGGCCAGGGGGUGUGAUCCAGGGGCAGGCAGGAAUCAUCAUGGGUCAGAAAUUUCAAAAGAACCCCGCAGCCGAACUCAUUAAAAUGCAUAAGUGCUCUUUUCCUGGCUGCACCAAGAUGUACACCAAAAGCAGCCAUUUGAAAGCCCACCUGAGGAGGCACACAGGAGAAAAGCCCUUUGCCUGCACGUGGCCGGGCUGUGGAUGGAGGUUCUCCAGGUCAGACGAGCUGUCCCGGCACCGGCGCUCCCACUCAGGGGUCAAACCCUACCAGUGUCCAGUGUGUGAGAAGAAGUUUGCUCGAAGUGACCACUUGUCCAAGCACGUCAAGGUGCACCGCUUCCCGCGCAGCAGCCGCUCCGUGCGCGCCGCGAACUGAGGCUGCAGCAGCCAGGACAGCACCGUGCCCACUGCAUUUCUAGGGAUAAUUUAUUUGUCUCCACACAACAGUCAAUGCUGUCACUUGACACCACCGUGUUUGAGUGCCCCACGUCCUUCAAUGAUGAUUUGAGAAUGAAGCUCUUUUUGGGUCAGGGGAGCGGGGCGCUUCUUCCUUUUUUUUUUUUUUUUUUUUGUUUUUUUUUUUCUUUUAAGGAUAUUAUUUUCCUUUCCUUCUAUCUGUCUCUCCUUUGCUGCUGCUUCUUUUGGAAAUUACAGUGUUUUAUUUUUAGCUGUUUUCUGCUGCACAGGAAAAUGUAAAAGUUGCUUGCUGCUAGUUAAUUAUAGCCCUGGCAUUCCUGAGGGCUUUGCUCAUGUACAGGCCACUCAUUGUGAAUUUUUAUUAAGCUGCUCUAUUUGUCCAGUUUGGAAACAGCAAAUUCCUUUUGACAUGAAAACAACUCCUUUGUUUUUGGGUCGCCUGAGCCAAGGAUUUGUAGGGGCAGGCCAUAGGAGGAGGAACAGUGGGAGUUGGGGAUGGGGGGAAACAGGGCUUGGAGAUCACUGGAAUGUGCCUCCAUGCAUCUCUGAUUUUCCCAGCUCACAUUUACCUCUUCCUUGGCUAGGGCCAUAUAUAAAUAUUUAUGUAUACAUAUUCAUACAUACAUACAUAUAUAUAUAUAUAUAUUUAAGCAAAGUCAUGUUCCAACAAACCCAGAAGCUCAGGCUGGAUGGAAUGGCUUGGAGUGCAGCCUCUGGAACUGUGUGUGCUCCUGUCCUGUGCUGCUGAGGGGUGGAAGGAUGCCCAGGUGCCAAAGGACGCUGCUCCCCUUUGAGGCUGGUUUGCAGCACCCACUGUCUGUAGCAGAAGAGCUGCUGUCUGCCCACAAAGCAGCACAAAGGUGUUUGUGAGAGCCUCUGAGCUCUGCUCCUGCCCUCCCGUGUGAGCUGGGGGACAAAGCAGAGCCCCAGCCCCCGGUGAGCACUGGGCAUCCCACAGGUCAAGCCUGGCUGUUGGAGCCCAGCUCUGUUUGCUGCAGGCUGUGUAGGAUGUGCCUGUGCCCAGGGAGGGGUGGGGACCAUGAGCUGGUGGGACAGCACUGUGACAUCGAGCUCCAGAUCCUCAGCCUGAUCCUCUCCCUCCCCACAGCCAUGUCAGAGCUCCACGCAGCUGGGGUGGGCAAAUGGGUGAGAACAGCAGCCAAAAGAAACAAAUUUGUGUGAUAGCUGGCUAAGAAGGGAAUUUAAGCAAAUAAUCAGAUGGCAGCAGGCAAGUGAUUUUAUUUGUGUUUCUUCUUGUUUUGUUUUUCCUUUUGAACUCUGGCGAUUGUAAGAAGCUUUAGAAGAAAAUAGAAUUCAGUAAUUAGGAAUGAUUUUAUAAUGGAUGUUGCAUUUCCUUUCCAUUUGCAGACUGCAUCUGUUUGUCUUUUCUGUUGGCAAAAUGGGAAGUAGGAAAGUGUGAUCCUAGAGCUAGGCAGAGCAGGAGCCCAUGCUGUGUGAGAGCAGCAGGUCUGGCUAAAGUGAAUGCAUUCCUUUUGUCCUCUAGAAAUUAAUAUAAUUGAACUAUCAUCUAUUGACUGGUUUAUAUCACAUCCUAUGAAUGUAUGUAAAUAAAACUGUACAUAGAUGCAUAUCUAUAUAAAAUAUCUUUUAAUAACGUAUCAAAUUUGUGUAAAUUGGAAACAAAAAUACCUAUAAAGCCAGUGUACAUAAGUUACAAUUCUGUAUAUUUUCUUUUGUUCUUCAUAAAAAUAUAUUUACUUUGACAAUAAAAUGAAAAUGGAAAUUUUAAA